UUCUCAUCCAAAUUCUCCAGUUCAAACACCAAUUCUCGGAUCGCCACUCAAUAAUUAUUUUCCGGCGCAGCCAAUUCGAGAUGAUAAAAUACCGAAUCCGAAUGAUGUUCAAAAAGCAGUCGAAAAUUUUGGACAUUUGGUUUCGAUUGCCGGAAACUUUUGUGAUUUGGUUGAUAAACUUGCAAAAACCUCAAAAGCUCUUAGCAAGUCUCUUAAAGAAUACGGAAAUAGUAAAGGGAUGGAUAGUUCUCAUGUAAUGUGUCUUCAAGCUAUGUCCCAAUUUUAUGAAAAUUACUCUGAAGCUCAAACCAAAUCGAGUAAGCAUUUACAAAAAGAAUUCGAUACACUACAAAAAUUUUGGGAAAAAUAUUCCAGGAGAGUUGCUAAAGAAGAAAAAGCAUACGAGAAUGCUAAUGA